AUGAGGAACCUGCUACUCAGCUUCGCGCCUAUGGAGAUUGCUCCUAUCUUUCUCAUCUUAACGUGGUGGGACCAAAUCAACGCCUCCACGCGCUGGCAGAGCGCUGUAUUCUUCUUCCUCUGCGCUGCUUAUGCUCUCGUCUCUUCCAUCGCUUUGGUUCAAUUGGUGAGAAUUGAAGUUAGAGUGCCUGAGUAUGGUUGGACAACGCAGAAAAUUUUUCAUCUCAUGAACUUCAUUGUCAACGGAGUGCGAGCUGUGGUGUUUGGAUUGCACAAGCUAGUUUUUCUUUUGCAGCCUAAGGUGUUGAUUUUGGUGCUAUUAGAUCUGCCGGGACUGCUUUUUUUCUCAACAUAUACACUUCUAGUCCUUUUUUGGGCAGAAAUUUAUCACCAGGCGAGGGGUUUACCAACUGAUAAGCUCAAGAUAGUUUAUAUUUCAGUAAAUGCUGCCCUAUAUAUUAUACAGGUUUGCAUUUGGAUAUACCUCUGGAUAGAUGACAACAGUGUUGUGGAGUUCAUUGGAGAGAUAUUUAUAGCAGUUGUAUCAUUUAUGGCUGCUCUAGGCUUCUUGAUAUACGGAGGAAGAUUAUUUUUUAUGCUGAGGCGCUUCCCAAUCGAAUCUAAGGGAAGAAGGAAGAAACUUAAUGAGGUUGGAUCCGUUACAGCCAUCUGUUUCACCUGUUUUCUGAUAAGAUGUGUUAUGGGUUUUCUGUCUGCGUUUGAUUCAGAUGCAUCUCUAGAUGUUUUGGAUCAUCCUAUUUUGGACUUGAUCUAUUACAUGCUGGUUGAGGUCCUACCUUCUGCUUUGGUGCUCUAUAUCCUGCGCAAAUUGCCCCCAAAGAGAAUAUCAGCCCAAUAUCAUCCUAUCCGCUAA